AUGGCUACCGAUCUGUCAAAUAAACUGAACCAUGACUUAGACAGUUAUGGAUUUUCAAGAAGCUUCACUGAUUAUCGAAGAAAGGUAACGACUUGCUUUGCCUACGAAGUGGGCGAUGAUAAAGUUGAACAACGUAACGACGUCCGUAACAUAUUUGUUGGCAGUAAACGUGAUGCAUUGAGUAGUGUGUCUGAUGACCAAACAGAUUAUGAUAAUCUCAUGGUCUCAACACCCCUGGUGUUCUGUGAUGAAAGAAACAUAGACCUAGCAAAUCAGUAUAUAUCAGGCAUGCCUAACUCUGUCGAUCCUUUGUUGAUUUUUGAAAGUGGGCCAAACGCUGGGUAUAAGAAAAUAAAGGUUUUCCUGUAUGAAAAAGCAGUUCAGCCCUGGAUGUUCACGAAGAAAAUGGAUACGAUUUACAUGCCAAACACAUUAACAAAAGAACUUAUGAUGUCGAUGGCUGGCGACACUCACAGGAACCUAGAAGUUGAAACCCAUGGACCAGCUGUAAAUGCGGUAACAACGGUUUAUUCUGGAAAGAAAACCGUGGAAUGGGAUUUUGUUAUGGCCUACAAAUGUCCGUUUCUACCAUCAGACUACGAUGAGUGGUGUGAAAGAAAAAGGACCUACAACUGGCCUCCCCCGUGGAUUAUAGAGGCAACAAAGAAAGAUGGCUGUCUGGUCGUUAGCGUUGGUCAUAACGCUAGCGACACCACAGGUUGGCGUCUUUCAGUGACGAAAACAGAACAUUACCUCACAAAGUCAUUUAAUGAUACUCAGAUGAAAUGUUACACCUUACUGAAGCUGGUGUUGAAGUGGAUCAUCCAACCACAAUUAAAAGAUCCCUUGAGUUCCUAUCAUAUGAAAACUGUGAUGUUCUGGAUGUCUGAGGAACGCGAGAGUUGUUUCUGGAGACCUGACAACCUGAUCGACUGUUUCAUUUCUUCCUUAUUGAAACUGAAAACGUUCGUUGAAAACAAAUUCUGUCCAAACUAUUUCUUGACUGCUCUUAACUUGCUUGAAGGGAAACUAGAAGGUGUCAUGCAUAUGGAAGUCCUCAGAAUCUUGGACAGUAUUAUCGAAGAAGGACCUGCUGUAGUGUACAGAUGUUUGCCGUUAGAUGCCCACCUGAAUGGUUCGGAAUGUAACCAUUACCAUAAUGAAUCGUGCUUAUGUUUACAGAAACAUAACCUCAAUCAACGAAUUGAGGAAAUAGAUUUCAUUGAUUUUGCAGUCAUUAACAGAUCUUCUACAUCAGAAACCCUAAACCUCAACGCCAAUUCUAACCCUAACCGAAUCAAAGAUUCGUUUCAAUCAUGUUGUAGCAGGUUAGUUGACUGGUACGUCGUCAAUGAAUAUCUCAAUCGGUCAAUAUCACAUUCUCAUGCAUUCUCAACUUUAUCAGUAUAUGAGGAAAUGGGCCUUCCAAACAAACGUCUGUAUUCCUUACAAAAAAAGUACAUCGCUGUGCUUCGUGGGAAUGGACAUGUUGCACGGAUGAAACUAGCCACGUUCUUACAUUACAGAAGACGAUUGGAAUAUUGCAUACCUCUCCUAUCGCUCGCAAUAAAGGCAAUGGAGUCCAGCCCAGCAUUCGAAAUGUGCAAAGAGGAAGGGGCAAGUGCAAACCAUACUGAGCAAAUUGAGGGUAUUGAAUGUGUCUACCUCACACAGCUCAUUAAGGAGUUUCGGGUGUCCGAGAUUGUGUUUGGCCCUUGUGACACGCAUUUAAUCCCCCCGGAUCUAAAGAACGAGAUGAGGCGACCAAAGACAGUGAAUGGUACUCAUUACGAAGGAUGGGUGUUUGUCGACUCCAUAGUGUACGCGUACUACCUUAUGAUUGUGACCCUUCAUGACAUGCGCAGAUAUAGCGGUAUCAUCUCUUUGUUCAGACGGUUCCACAACGUCUACACUCAAAAACCAGGCGCCAUCCGGAUUUUCAGGAAAGAGAUGGCAAAACGAUUGUUCGAGCAUGCCUUCAUGUUGGUGUGGAAAACGACCAAUGGAUUCACUGACUUUUCCGGGUCGAUGUGA